CUCCACACUCCAGCCAUGGGCGACGCCGGCGGCGGCAUGGCGGCGCACUGGGCGGCGCUCUACGGCGGCGGAGUUAAUGGUGGCGCGGCGGCGGGGGCGGAGGGAACGGUGUCGAGCCCGACCUCCGGGGGCUCGCCGGUGGCGGGGGGGAGCCCGACGAGGGGGGGCGCGGCGGCGCUGCCGGGGAUCGAGGGCGGGCGCGUCGCGAAGCCCGCGCGGCGGCGCUCCAGGGCGUCGCGGCGCGCGCCCGUCACGCUGCUCAACACCGACACCUCCAACUUCCGCGCCAUGGUGCAGCAGUUCACCGGCAUCCCCACCCCGCCCUACGCCACCGCCGCCGCCGCCGGCGGCCCGGUCAUCAGCUUCGGCGCCGGCGAGUACGGCGGCGGCGCCAUGCCCGUCCGCCCGUCCCCGACACCGGCGUCCGUCAUGUCGUUCGACCACCUCGGCCACCACCACCGCCAGGCGGCGUCGUCGCUGCAGAGCCAGCUGUUCCGGCCACAGCACCAGCACCACCACCAGUACGGCGGCGGCGGCGACGUCGGGUACGGCGGCGGCGGCGGCGACAUGUUUCUCCACGGGUUCGAGUCGUCGUCGGCGGAGGAGAGGCUGCUGCUGCAGAGCAUCCAGGCGGCGCAGAUGCUGCCGGCGGCGAGGCCGACGACCACCUCGGCUAACAACGCUAAUGGCUACAACUUCGGAUGAUUAAUUAGCCAACCUCGCACUUGAUUAGUUUGGGUAAUUAAGGUAAGCAUCAAGUGCUAAUUAGAGAGAGAGAAAUUGAAUUAAAGAUGCCAUUAGUUAAGGCUCUUUAAUUACAUGAUCAACCAAGCAUCAUAUGGAUUGCUUGAUUAUUUCUCCUCUUUUGUCUGCACCAUGAUGUUGUUUUAAUUUUAAUUUUUAAGGUUUUAUUUUUGUUGGCCUUUGCUGUAGAGAGAUAUACCCAGAUUAGCAAGGCUGAUUAAGUUCUUUAUUAAUACAGUAAUUAGUGGUAGCUUAGCUAGAUGUGAAAUGGAAUGAAAAGCAUGUAAAUAUUUUCUCAACACAGUACUUUGGUUAAUUUUGGUGUGUAGCAAGAGCACUUUUGGUGAUCACCACUAGUGCAAAAACUUGAUAUUUAGUGAGGAAUCUUUCUCCCUUUCUA